AUGCAAUCUUCAUCGUCGUUGACAACAACAGCCAAUGUGGUAGCAAAUGGAAGGAGCGAGGGAGAUGAACCUUCUCAUCACGAAGAGGAUUCAAUGAAUCAUGAAAUGUUUCAAUUACAUCAUCGUACUCUUUACAAGGAGAACCAUGCAAGGAAUAAUCGAAUAUUAUCGAUGGAUUCAAUCGUUUCGGGAGAUGAAGAUGGCAUGUUUUAUCCGUUACUCUUCUCUCAUACUCUACAAACAAAUUUUAAAUAUGAACAUGCUCUACGAUAUAUUGAAUCGAUCAAACAAUUAUUUAAUAAUCAUCAUCAUCAAGAUGUUAUUCUCUCUUCGGAUCAGAACCAUCAUCAUUCAGAUUAUUUAUUUUUAAAUUUAAAUUUAACUUCCAAAAACCUCAUGCAAGGCUUGUUGCAAAAUCAAACCAAUUUACGAUUUCUAAAUUCAAUCCUUUAUUAUUUAUUUAAAUAUGAAUAUAAAUCCUCUACUCAAAGAAUGAUCAACUAUUUGUCAUCUUUUCAAUCUACACUUGAACAACAAAAGCAUACUUCAUUUGAUUAUACUUUUUUAGGACAACAACAUCGUGCCAAUUAUCAAAAUGCAAAGGCUAAAUAUUUCUAUGAAUUAGCCUAUGAAGUAGAUCCAUUGAAUUUCCUUUUAUAUUUAUACUUGGCCAAUGUCAGUAGAGCCACAGAUUGUGUCAUUUAUCAAAAAAGAUAUUUAGAAUUGGGAAUAUUCAAAAUUAAGCAAGAAUUGAAUUUUAUUGAACAUUACAAACAAAUUCAUCAAAUACAAACAAAAGGUCAUUCCCCAUUGAAUUCAACCACAAGUCAUUCGAAUAUUCUCAACAAUCAUACAUCUCCUAUGACUGAUCGAAUUACUGAUCACACCAAUGCAACAGAAGAUUCCAACAAGUAUCAUUUAAUGAAAUUUAUUAUUGAACAUUAUGAACAUCAACUUGUUGAAUACCAUCAUGUAUUGAAUUUAAAUCGAUGUGUGAAUGAUAAAUCAUUGGUCAUGCAUUCAAUGAGUACAAUGAGUACAAGUAGUAGUAGUAGUAGCAGUAGCAGUAAUAAUAGUACAAGUGGUCAUAACAAUAGCAGUAAUAAUAGUACAAGUGGUAAUAGUAUUAAUAAUAAUAAUAAUAAUAAUAAUAAUAAUAAUAAUAAUAAUACCAACCACAACAAUAACAACAACAACAACACCUCUACUACUACUACUACAACACUUCAAGAUGAUCAUUUUCAACGUUCCAACAAGAUACUCUCUCAAAUUGAUCAAUUGACACAAAAUCUCAUUGAUCAUUCUCCUCAAUCCUAUUUAGCAUGGUUCUAUCAUGCCUUUUAUUAUGGAUUUGAAUAUAGUGAAAUGUAUUAUCAUGUUCAUAAUGGUACAGAAUUAGAUACCUCUGAAUUUGAAAUUUCAUGUCGAAAAGCAUUACGUUCUUUUCGAAUUGCAUCUUCUCUCGUACAUUAUCCAUAUACAGAAAUUUAUUUCCCUCUCAUUUUAGAAAAUAUGGGAAUGAUUUAUGAAAAUUUACAAUUGUAUGAUAAGGCUUUGAAAUAUUUCAAUGCAGCAUGUAAUAUUGGAGUGCAAUUGAAUUGUUAUUGGUCUUUUCUUUCUCGAAUGACUUUGUAUUUGUAUCGAUUGGAACAUUGUAAUGAAGAAGCAUGUUUAGAUGGACUUGUCUUGUUACAACAUUGUAUGUUGAGAAAUGAAGGUGAUGAUAUUUAUGUGAAGAGUUGUUGUUAUGAGAGUGGUGUUGGUGGUGUUGCUGGUGGUGUUGGUGCUGAGAAUGGUGUUGUUGCUGAGAAUGCGAGUGGUGGUGGUGGUGUUGGUGCUGAGAGUAACUACUCGGUGGUGAUGGAUUGUUUUGGUCAUUGGAAGAAACAAGCACAACCUCCAUCCAUCAUUGGCCAUCAUGGAAAAUUCUCAAAUCCAAUAAUUCCAUCGUCCAACCGUCAUCCACCACUCAUUAAGGAUGGUCUCGACAUGUCCUUUGUGUGUAUGCAUCUCAUUCGAAUUGCUGAAACAUUUUUAGAUGGACAUGGAGUGAGACCACCCUCAAGUAUGAAUACCACCAUGAUGAUGAAUCAUUCAGUGCGUGUACCUUUUGAUUUGAGUGAAGUGGAACGAGUAUUGUCGACGACCGUAUCUUCUUCUUCUUCAACCUCAUCCUCUUCUUCUUCAACAACCUCUUCUUCAACAACAACAACAACAACAACUCGUACGAGUAUUGAAAAAGAUGAAGAUUUAUUACUCAAGAAAUUUCCAUCUCUCAUGAUCCAAUCACAACAUCAUCAUUCACAACUCUCGAAUCGAGUCUUCCAAUGUACUCUCAAUGAUAUUAUACAUUUAUUAAUGAAAUGUGAUGGACAAUUGUAUAGUGUGAGAGCACGAUGGUUUGAAAAACAAUAUCUCACGAGUCAUCGAUUAGGUAUUUCAAAUCGAUUCUAUGCAUUGACUCUACAAGAACGAUUACAAAUGUUAAGAGAAUGUUUAUAUAUUGAUAGUAUUGAAUUGGAAUGGUUUAUUGAGAUGGAUAUGGGAAAUGAAGGAUUCUUUGAGAGUAAUGAUGAUACCAUCAAGAAGGAAUUUAAUUAUUUGUGGUAUCAUAAGGAUUCUACAGAGAGAAGUCAGUAA